GCGCUCCUUUUUGCCCCUUUCAAAAUAACUCACUGUCAUCAUCAUUGGAAAACGGCUUUGCCUGGACGGGACUAAUUAUUUAAAAUUGGAGGAGGAGUGAUUAGCUGCAAUCGGGGGAAAGAAAGGGAGAAAAAAAAAUCAAGCGUCUGGCAUAACAGCGACAGGGCCCAUUGGACACUGAGCACCCUUGGGCCUGUCUGUCAAGUAGACAUGUUUCAAACUGUCCCUGACACGUCGUCUUACGUCAAGGAGGCGCUAUCAGUGGUGAGUGAAGACCAGUCCUUAUUUGAGCCUCCGUACGCUGCUGCUGCCCCUCUACCCAAAACAGAUAUGACUGCAUCUGGCACACAGGACUACGGCCAGACCCACAAAAUCAACCCCUUACCCCCACAGCAGGAGUGGAUCAACCAGCCAGUGAGGGUCAAUGUCAAGAGAGAAUAUGAGCACAUGAAUGGAUCCAGCAGGGAGUCUCCAGUGGACUGCAGUGUGGGUAAAUGUAAUAAACUGGUGGGGGGUAAUGAUACAUCUCAGAUGACCUAUGGAAACUACAUGGACGAGAAGAACGCUCCUCCCCCCAACAUGACCACCAAUGAACGGAGAGUCAUUGUACCUGCAGAUCCAUCACUGUGGUCCCAGGACCAUGUGCGCCAGUGGCUAGAGUGGGCCAUCAAAGAAUAUGGCCUGUUAGAGAUUGACACGGCAAUGUUUCAAAACACAGACGGAAAAGAGCUCUGCAAGAUGAGCAAGGACGACUUUCUACGGCUCACCACCAUGUACAAUGCAGAAGUGCUUCUCUCUCAUCUCAAUUAUCUCAGGGAAAGUAGCUCAUCAUUAUCCUACAAUACCCCAUCUCACACAGACCCAUCACCACGUCUGGCUGCCAAAGAGGACCCUUCGUAUGAUGCUGUACGGCGGACAGGGUGGUCCAACAACAUGCACAGUGGCAAAGGCUCACCAGUGGUUACUCAAAAUGUUACUAAGUCUGCUGAGCAGCCCAGAGCUCAACCAGAUCCUUACCAGAUUCUGGGUCCCACCAGUAGUCGCCUCGCCAACCCAGGUUCAGGUCAGAUCCAACUGUGGCAGUUCCUCCUGGAGCUCUUGUCUGACAGUGCCAACGCGGGCUGCAUCACUUGGGAGGGCACCAAUGGCGAAUUCAAGAUGACAGAUCCAGAUGAGGUGGCGCGACGCUGGGGCGAGCGCAAGAGCAAGCCCAACAUGAACUACGAUAAGCUGAGCCGUGCGCUGCGCUACUACUAUGACAAAAAUAUCAUGACCAAGGUGCACGGAAAACGCUAUGCCUACAAGUUCGACUUCCAUGGCAUUGCUCAGGCGCUGCAACCGCACCCGACCGAGUCCUCUAUGUAUAAAUACCCCUCGGACCUAGCCUAUGUGCCUUCCUACCACGCCCACCAGCAGAAGGUCAACUUUGUAUCCCCGCACCCUCCAUCCAUGCCAGUCACCUCCUCCAAUUUCUUUGGACCCACUGCUCAGUACUGGAGCUCACCCACUGCAGGCAUCUACCCCAACCCAAAUGUUCCUCGUCAUCCUAACACGCAUGUGCCAUCCCACCUGGGCAGUUAUUAUUAAAACCACCCUUUCUGACCAUCCGCCACCCUUGAAUCUCCCCUAUCCCACAGCAUUUGCUGACCUGCACUCUCAAUGACGCCAAACCAAUGAAGACUGAAUUGACAGAGGUAUUUUGUCCUCUGAAGAAAUUUGAUCAAAGAUGAAGGAUGAUUAAACUGAAGGAGUUUUUUUUUUUUUUUUUGGUAUGAUUAUAUAAACAACUGGAUGCUAUGGUCCAAAAAAAUGGAAUACUACUUACCUUUAAAUGACUAGCAACUGUCCUUUUUUUGUUGUUCUUGUUUUUGUUUUGUUUAUUUUUGUUUUUUGGGGGGGUUUUUUUAUGUUUUUCAGACCUGCAUCUGAGUUCUAAUGUGCCUUUUCCAUCCUCCUGAAAGUACCUAUAGUAACUGCUAGUAAGUUUUCAAAAAGCUUCCUAAACCAAAGCCCGAAGAGAGGAGAUAACCCCCGAGUCUGUCUGCCUCCUCCUCACCCUUUACAGUACCAGACAUGGGCCUAUGACUUAUGGGUCUCAAUAAACAUCCUUCUCAGUAUGUAACUUGUCCUGUAGAGCAUCUGCCUUUUCCAUUCAUCAGAAGCCUUUUCAGGAUUUUUUUAAUCCCACUACAUCUAGCCUUCUGUUUUGAUUGUCUUUUUUUUUUUGGUCUGUUAAUCUGCAUGUGUGUGUGUGUGUGUGUGUGUGUGUGUGUGUGUGUGUGUGUGUGAGUGUAGAGAGUCUUCUGGAAUUCGCUGGACAAGAAGGAGCUCUCAUUGAGGUGGACUUUUCUCAGCACUGAAUAAAAUUUGGCAACUGGAAUAUGCCAUUCACUAUGCCAUUUAACUUAUCCUCCAAACUGGAAGGCUAGAGAAGAGUUGAAUGCAGUAGAGGGAAGCGCUGUAUGUUUUGCUGACUUGGGUCAACUCAGUUGCUUAAAAUGUUUUCUGUUGUGUUGUUUGUGGAGCUUGAGAUGGGCUGAGUGUUGACUCAAUUGGGCUGGGAAAGCUGAGUCAAGAUAUAAUUGCAGUAAUUUGUGACAAUAAUUCAACCUAGGUCAGAUGUUUGUCAGUGGGGCCGCGCAUUAGGCUAUUAGAUGUUUGCCAUAUUUUUUACAUUUCAGCCGUGCCAUUUCCAGAUGUGUUGUUGCUCGACCACGUCAGUAUUAAUGUGAAUGUCUUCUGGUUUGUGAAAUUUUUAAAAGGGAUACCCUUUGGCAAAAAUCAAAAUUUGUCAGAAGUAUUCAUUUUUUUAAGAACAUUUGAUGGAAAAAAAAAAAAUUGAUUCCUUCACACUUGAGAUCAUGAAUAUAGAACAUGAACGUGGCUUUUUGCAGAUGUGGUCAUGUUGAUGUGUAGAUGUUAUCAACUGCCAUUUGGUGGCUAUUUAUUUUCUAUCCAAAUUGUAUUAAAUAUUCUUCUAUUUUGAAUAUGUGCUGUCCUGAAAGUCCUGCCACACUUUAACUGCUGAUUUUUAACCAUAUUUUUAACCAUAUAAAGAUGAGACAGCACUUCAUCUUAAAGUGCACGCAGUGAAUUAUCACACCACAAAUCUGACAAUUUUUGAUUUUGAAGUGGACUCUGACAGUAAAGGCCAGUCAUGACCAUAUAGGUCGGCACAGAGAUGCGGCUAUCAUUAAGUCAUGUUGAUAGACAGUUAAGUUGCAUUUUUUUUUUUUUUUUACCAGGGCUGGAUCCUAAUUUGAGAGUAACAUGUGUGUCUGAAUGUUAGUUUCUCACUGAUCUUAAAGCCCAGCUAAAUGCACAUGAAUCUCAAGUCAGGAUUUCACUACCAUAAUAUAAGAGUACAUAUCCAUCUUCAGGUGUUCAAAGCUGUUAAUAUUGGAAGUAUUCCUUUAAUGUAACUGAAAAUGGACACUUGAACAUAAAUUACUUGGGACUUAGUAGUUUAUCAAAGAACAAAUCCGAUAAAGUAUGACGAGAUGAAGCGAAGAAAUCCUCAGAUUCGCAAGCGCUGUGCGUUUGUCAGACCUAUUUUUUAUUAUUUUAUAAGCAUCAGUCAACUAGGCAUUAAAGCAACUUACUGUAUAAAUUAUGCAGAGUUAUUUUCAUAUGUGACACAGUAUAAAAAGUCAAGAAAAUUAAUACACGAGUUGACCUCGGUCAAAAAUGCAAAACUUUUAAGUCCAUUUCUGCUCGGUAGUUUGUUAAGCCUUUUAAGCAUUUUUAUAUCUGUACAUUUGGGCAAUACAUGUUACCAUUUUUGUUUUCUCUUUAUUGUUAUUAUUUCUUAAUUUGGUUAUAAAAUCCUAAGUGCCAUUAGUUGUAAACAAUAUUUUCUUAUAUUCCCAAAACCAUGAAUGCCGCUUGAAUGAUAAACCAAUGGCCUGGGAUUCCUUUACUAUAUAUGCAACAUGUGACCGAGAUGGAUUGUUUCCAUUGUCACUUUUUAUGCCAAAUUACAGCUUUUCAGGUAUUUUAUGCUAAAUAAUACCAACAGUAUUAUUAUACACAAGUAAUUCCUUUUGAAGAGUUAUAACAUUCAGAGAACAAAUUGAAAAAGAAUGUGAUUUGUAGCAUAAAGAAAUUUGAAUUCUAAUCUAAUGUUCAUGUUUCACAAGCAUUAUCAAAAAAAGGGAUCUCUGCUACUUCAUAUAUGCAUUGUAUUUUGG